ACCCGGUUCCUCUGAUAACGAGGCUUGUUUUUGUUUACCGACCGUUUUCUACCUGUCCAAUCCGAUCUACGACGCCAUCCAUCAUACAUUAACUCAGCUCCAAACCAUCCUCUCAACCCCAAAACGACACCAAUCUCUACAAUGGCCACUCCUCCGAUUCCCGCCAACCGCCUCAAGCAGAUCGCUACUGAUGCCUGCAACAGCGCGAUUGGAAGCGCUGAAUUCUACGAUCAUGCAAAGACCGAGCAAUGGAACUCAACAAUUAUUAGCUCUGUUCUGAAAGCCGUCAUCUCUGAGUCAACCCCCGAGGGCGCUUCUGCUCCCUCGUUCAAGUUCGCAUGCAACAGCACCAUCGUGCAGCACCUCGUACCUACGUCCGCCCUGAACAAGCCCCGUGGUGGCACCGAGAUCAAGGCUGAAGAGCCUCACAUUUCUACCAGCUCCGAAGCGACUGCCACUGACGGAAAGCCCCAUGUCGGUCGACGAGGAAUGCACAGUGCCACAGGCGCCUACUGGGAUGAGAAGAAGGACGGCAUGUGGACCUUCAAGUAUGAUGGCGGUGAGGGCAAGGGCCUCGACGUGGUCGUUAUGCUCAUCUGGGUCGCCAUUUGAACUACCAGGCAGGCGACGAACGGUCAGGUGUUUUCGUCUUGUUCUGGCCCCAAGUCUGCUCUCUGCGGACGUGGAUGGCACCCUAAUUCAGCUAUGGCGUUGAGGAACUUGGGAAGCGUGACAUUAGGAAUACGAAGGGUAUGAUGAGGCUUCCGGUCAAGCUAUCCGCCGACGACUUUAGUAUUCAUGCAGACCUUGGAUGUAAAAAUACGCUGGAGUUGGUAAUAUUCUCCAAUACCAGAGGACUGGGAUCAGCCAAGUUUCUUCUUUUCAUGGAACUGUAUGCUUUGCCGACCUGAGGUUGGAAAUAUAUAACUAAAAGACUGUGUUUUCACACA